CUACUCUCAUUGUCUUAGCUCUACACACUCAAUUUCCUGAUACUCAAAACUCUCUUGACAGCAGCGUUAUUAAUUAUGCAGAAACCAAUGGCUUCUUUGAGCUAUAGUUCGCUAUUAUUCCUGACAACCCUUUUGAUCAGCUGGUUCAUGGUUUCAUCCUCAGCCAAUUUCUAUCAAGAUUUCGACAUCACAUGGGGCGACGGCCGAGCCAGGAUUCUCGACAAUGGCCAACUUUUAACUCUUUCGCUUGAUAAGGCCUCCGGCUCUGGAUUCCAGUCCAAGAACGAGUUCCUGUUUGGCAAGAUUGAUAUGCAGCUCAAACUUGUCCCUGGAAACUCUGCUGGCACUGUCACUGCCUAUUAUUUGUCAUCACAAGGACCAACCCACGAUGAAAUAGACUUUGAGUUCUUGGGCAACCUCAGCGGCGAUCCUUAUAUUCUUCAUACCAAUGUGUACAGCCAAGGAAAAGGCGGCAGGGAGCAGCAGUUCUAUCUCUGGUUCGAUCCCACUGCCGACUUCCACACCUAUUCCAUCCUCUGGAAUCCCCAGCGCAUCAUAUUUUCAGUGGACGGGACACCAAUAAGAGAGUUCAAGAACCCAGAAUCAGUGGGUGUGGCGUACCCAAAGAACCAGCCGAUGAGGUUAUACUCCAGCCUCUGGAAUGCAGAUGACUGGGCGACAAGAGGCGGGCUAGUGAAGACUGAUUGGUCACAAGCUCCAUUCACUGCCUCAUACCGGAAUUUCAAUGCGGAUGCCUGCGUUUGGGGCUCUGGCUCAUCUUCUUGCAGUUCCAGCUCUCCUUCAACUGGAAACAGUACUAAUGGGGGGUGGCUGAAUGAAGAAUUGGACGCAACAAGCCAAGAAAGGCUGAAAUGGGUGCAGAAGAAUUACAUGAUAUACAAUUACUGCGCGGAUGCUAAGCGGUUCCCUCAGCAGUUCCCUCCGGAGUGUGGCAUCAAUUGAUUAAUAUAGAGCAUACUACUGCGGGAGAAAUAUGGUGUAGAGAUUUUCAGUUCAUUCUUGGUUCUUAGGACAACUACAUAGAUAUAUUCUUUUAUUACUUUUAUUUUAUUGAUGGCUUUUUGUAAGGGAAUGAGUAAGUUAAGUGUGGGAGUCUAAUGUAAGAUUGCUAUGUGCUCGAAAGUUUGUGAUGGUUAAAAUAGACGUUGCAAAGGACUUGCAAUAAAUUGAGAAAAACACAUUAUUGAUGAGUAA